AUGAGUAAUAAAUUAAAGCAGAACAACAUCAAAUCGGAAGAAAAAGUUUUUGAUUUUGAUGUGAACAAGCUUACUAGCAAAUUUGAUAUGAACAGUUAUAAUGAAGAUUAUGUUAUUACAAAUAAUAUUUUAAAGUAUCAUAUGAAAAGUAUAGACAUAUGUAAUUAUGAGAAAAAUAAAAUAUACGAUAAAAAAGAAUUGGAUGUAUACAAAGAAAAAAUAAUUUCAAAAUAUAAUGUCCAUUAUUAUCCUUACGAAUUAUAUUUUAAUUCUUAUAAAAAUAUUUAUCAAGAAGAAAAAGUUCUUUUAAAUGUACCAAAAGCAAUCAAUAAAACAAUUCAAAAAGAAAAUGACAACGAAAAUGAAAAAGAAAAUGAAGACAAAGAUGAAAAUGAAGAAAAAGAAAAACAUAAGGAGGAAAAUAUAUCAAAUGCUUGUGAUGAAGAAAUAGCCAUGGAAGACGACUAUAUUUUCGAUUACAAUAGAAGUGACGAUGAUUUAGAAAAUGAUGAUCAUGAUGAAAACGUCAUUUAA